AUGUGGCCGACCGGAGGGGCCGGCAAGCUGCCCUGUCCGCGAGACUCAGCGCUGAGGAGGGCAGCGUUCGCCGGCAACCUCGCCGCUCUGCCCUUGCACUUGGCGCCCAGCGGGAGGAGCGUGCGGGUUUUCAUUAGCGCCAAUCCCGAAGACACAGUAGCAGAAAGAAGUGCAUUACGAGAACAUGUGUAUCCUAAGCUGCGGGAAUUCUGCAGGGAAAACUACGGGCUGGAAUUUCAGGUCAUCGACCUGUAUUGGGGAGUAGAACCAGAAGAAUGGGACAACCCGGAGCUCCAGAAGACUCGCAUGAGGCUUUUAGAAGCUUGCUUGAAAACAUCUGCAGGUCCAUGUUUUGUUGGCCUUUUGGGAGAAAAAUAUGGAAGCAUCCGAAUUCCAGGAGAAGUGGAAUCCUCAGAAUUUGAAAUGAUUUUGGAUGCUGCUAUUGAGGCAAAGCUGGAAACUAAGAUUUUGGAAGAAUGGUAUUGCAGAGAUGAGAACGCAGUCCCACCAACGUAUUACCUCCGAUCAAAAUCUGAAAUGUUAAAGAGCAAUCCCAAUAUGAUGGAAGCAUCUUCAAACCCUGUCAGUGAGAGCAAAUGGCAGGAGAUAUCAGAAGAAAUUAAGAUGAUGUUUCAGAUGGCUGUGAAGAUGCUGUAUGAAAAAGGAAAAAUGAAACACAGUCAAGCAAAGAGAUAUCUUUCCUCUGCUAUCGAAGAUGAAUUUGAUUUUGCCUUAGGAAAACAAACUCCAGCUUUCCUAAAGAAGUGUGUUUGCUACAUUCGAAAGAUUGCCAACAUAGACCGUUUCGUUAAAGUUCCAGAGAUGGAGAAAUAUAUGGAUGUACUUCACACAGGUGGAAAGUCUCUGCGAGACCCAGAAGCUCUUGAGAAACUCAUCAAACUCAGGGAUGAAUUUGUUCCUACCAUUGUUGCUUCAUCUAAUUUGAGAGUCUAUACUUCUGUUACACAUUGCGACAUCAAAUAUGGUUAUACCCAAGAAGUGGAGAAUCACUACAUUGAAGGACUUGGAAAACAGUUCUACGAAGACAUGAUUGAUAUCAUUCAAGCAACUGUGCAACAGAAUUUUGACAUAGAGACAGACUGGCUGUAUGAUGAGGUCCUCCAGCAUUCCUCACUAUGUAGAACAUACUCUUCAUUCUAUGAGUAUAAGUGUGAUGCUAUGAACAUUAUGUGCAAAUACAUUCUACCUAGGAAAAUGGGCCACAUUAACCCUCUCAUCAUAUAUGGAGGACCAUGCACUGGAAAAACACUUCUAUUAGCAGAAGUGGCAAAGAAGGCUUAUGCUUGGCUGAAGGAAGAAAUGGGACCAGAAUCUGACCCUGUUGUAGUUAUAAGGUUUUUGGGAUCCACAGAGAUGAGUACAGACCUUAGGAAUCUCCUUCAAAGUAUUUGCGAACAGUUAGCAAUUAACUACCGAUGCCUCGUACAAAGCUACCCAAAAAAGAUUCAUGAUCUUCGGGACUUGUUUAUCAACCUUUUAAAUGAGUCUUCAUUUCAUAGACCUCUGGUUAUCAUAUUUGAUGCCCUAGAGCAGCUUUCAGAUAAUGAUGAUGCUAGGAAGUUAUGGUGGCUUCCUGUCCAUUUGCCCCGUUCAGUGCGGAUAAUCAUGUCAACACUGCCAAACAAACAUGGAAUACUGCAAAAACUGAGGUGCCUUAUACAUGAUGAGGACAACUAUAUUGAGUUAACUUCUAAGGACAGAAAGAUGUGUAGCCAAGUUCUCAAGCAUCAACUGCUCCGGGUUAAAAGAAAAGUAACAUCAGGCCAGCAAAUCUAUGUCAAUGAAGCUUUUUCCAAAUGUACCUUGCCUAUGUUUAUAAACUUAACCUUCAGAGAAGUCCGAAACUGGAGAUCUCACAAAGAUGUUGAUGAGUCUUCCCUCUGUGUUACUGUUCAUGAUAGCAUAGAACAGACAUUCUGGUCACUAGAGAACAGCUGUGGUCCAAGGCUUUUGUCAAGAGCUCUUGGCUACAUCACCAUGUCCAAAUCAGGUCUGAGUGAAAUGGAAUUGGAAGACAUUUUAGCUCUUGACAACAUGGUUAUGUUUGAACUGAAUGAGAACAUCAGGCAGCAUAACCCUCUGAGAGUACCUUACAUCUACAUUGCAAGACUCAAAGAGGGGCUAACUGGAUACCUAAUAGAAAGGCAAGUUAAAAACGUGACCUUACUAGUGUGGGCAAACAGACACCUGCAGCUUAUUGCCCAAAAAAUGUAUCUUCACAAUGAAGAAGAUGUUAAUGAAAUGCAUACUGUGAUGGCUGAGUAUUUUCUUGGAGUUUGGUCAGGAGGCAGACGGAAAUCUCUUUACAGUGAAGAUCAGUAUCUGAAUGGUUGCCUUGACAGCGACAGCAGGAGCAUGAAUGAUGAGGAGAAACACAUAAUGGAUCAAACAACUUUUGAUAGGCAGUCACCUGAUCAGCCUUGGGUAUUCCAGUGUAACCCUUUGGAGCCUGACAUCUUCUUCAUCAACCACAGGAAAAUGACAGAGCUGUUGCACCACUUAACACGAUGUGGGAAAACAGAUGACAUGUUGUAUGGUGUCAUUAUGAACUUCAGCUGGCUUUACACCAUGAUCAAGAUUGGACAGUUUGACAAAGCCCUCUCUGAUGUAGAGUUGGCCUACAACUAUUUGCAAGAAAAAGAACUGAAGUUCCUUGCAACCACACUUCGUGCCAUAAAAUACAAAGUGAUGAAAUACCCAGGCACACUUUCUGCUGAAUUGCAACAGAGACUUCUUCCAGUUGUUAGUUCCUUGCCUAAACUGAGACAGCUUCUUCUGGAAUGUGACAAAGAUGGCCCUAAAUACUGCUCCAUUGUUCCAUUGCAUUCUUCUAUGGAUGUGACUUAUAGCCCUGAGAGAUUACCUUUGUCCUCCAGUUGCACUCAAGUCACAGAAAUCCUGCCUACCUUUAAUCCAAGAACAGUCAUUGUUGCUCUAGAAAAUGGCUCCAUCAGUACCUGGGACGUAGAAACUCGACAACUACUAAGGCAAAUUACAACAGCUCAGUCUGUCAUUUUGGGCAUGAAGCUUACAAGCGAUGAGAAAUACCUUGUAGUGGCCACAACAAAGAAUACACUCUUGAUUUAUGACAACCUAAAUUCCUGCCUUCUGUCUGAGGUAGAGAUUAAGGGAUCAAAGCACGGUGGUAUUGGCAUAGGCUCCAAUUUUAUAAAUGGAUUUACACUGUCAGUAAACCAUGCACUUUCUUGGCUAGAGGCUAGCAAAGACAUUACUGUGAUAGAUCUACUUUAUGGAUGGCCCCUUUAUCAGUUCCACUGCUGGUAUGAAGUGACUUGUGUCCAGUGUUCUCCAGAUGGAAUGUAUGCUUUCUGCGGUCAGUAUUUGAACACUGCAUCUAUAUUCCAUUUAGGUAGUGGGGACAAGCUGGCCACUGUGACCUCUGAAUUUUCUGGUGGUUUUGUCAAAUUUCUUCUUGUCCUAGACACAGCUCAAGAAAUGGUGAUGAUAGAUAAUGAAGGUGGUCUCUCCAUUUGGAACACUGAGGAAAUCACCAAUCCCCAACUAAUGGAUGAUUUUGAUUGCAGGAGAGGGGACAGUGAAUUUGUCAGUCUUGAACUUGCUGAAGACCAAAGUGCAAUUUUAAUAUGCAAGGCACUCAAUAUAGAGCUUCUUGACACUGGCGUUUGGAAAAUUGCCGAAAAGUUUAGAGCAAAACAUAAUGAGCGCUUUGUAUCAGCUGUAUUGUCCAAAAACGGUGACUGUAUUGUUGCUUCUAUUGAAAAUACCUCUGCCAUUUUUGUUUGGAGAAGAGACACAGGACAGUGUAUGGCAAGCUUACAGGAAAUCUCAGGAAACAUCGUCAGAUUGAUUAAAUCAAAUCAUCAUAACAUGCUGCUUUCCUUAUCUACCAGUGGUGUCCUUUCUGUCUGGGAUAUAGAUAUCAUAACUGCUAUGUCCAACAUUGACAAAACUGGCAAACCAAUCCAAAGACUGGUAUUGCCUGCCCAAGGUGAAGUGAUUUACACACUUGAUGGAUCUGAAGUUAUACAUAAGUGGAACUUUGGCACUGGGUUCAUUGAAGCUGUGUUUAAGCAUGAGAGUCUUGUUGAAAAUUGUGUGCUGACUUCCACUGGAGAACUGAUGGUCACAUCAGAUAACAAAUGCAGUCAGUAUGUAUGGCACACUAGUUCUGGUGAAAACCUCUUUCGCAUUAAUGGGCAAAAGAUAUGCCAACUGUUGAUAACACACAAUGAUCAAUUUGUUGUCUCUCUGUGUGAGCAAAAUGCUUCAAGAGUUUGGAGACUGUCAACAGGCCACAGAGUUUGCAAUAUUCUUGUUGCCUUACAGAAUGCAUUUAUAACAACUGCUAACACAUUUGUAGUUGGAAUGACAAAAAAUAAAGUGUUGGCAGUGAGUCUGUGGACAGGAAGUAUCACCAAGAAAUUCUGUUGUGAUGAUGGUAUAACUAUCGUUGAUAUUAAGCUGAUUCCAGAUUGUCCCGAUAUUGUAGUCUUUAUAACAUCUACUGAAACUGUGAACAUCUGGAGUCUUACAGAGGAGGUCCUGUGCAGGCGUGUUCAACUCCCUAACACUUUCUUAAAGACCUUAGAGGAUUUUGAAAUAUCUCCCAAUGGAAAGCUGGGAAUUAUAUCCCGUGGUGAUGAGAAUAUCAAUGUACUGGACCUUCACAGUGGCAAACUUCGUGUUGUUCAUGCUUCUGGCAUCAUCUGGCGACAGAAGCUGUCUCAGGAUGGCCGUUACCUUGUAUACAUUUGUUUUCGCACUGGUGAAGAAGAUGAUGAUAAUGGUGCAAUCUCUAUCUUAAUUGUAAUGAGACUGGCAGAUGGCAAAAACAUUGGUGCUUGUUCCCUUUACAAGACCCCGACUUUCCUUGCUCUUUCUCAAAGGCAUUUGAACAUUAUUGUAGGCUUUGAUGAUGGAAGCAUAGGCACUUACACUGUAGUGGAUCGAGUGGAUGCAGCGCUGAAAAUUAAAAUUGCUACUUCAAAUAGCCGUCAGAUUUUCAGCAACGCUUCACAAGUGAUCAGACCGAAGUGUCACAAUUACAGCUUCAAGGUGACAGUGGACUGCAUCUGGAGAGAGUCUACAGAAGUGUUUGCAAGAGACAGUCCCAUCACAGUGACAGACCCUGAGGCAAGUGAAGCAACCCCAACCAAAAAACAUAACUACUGCUAUGACAAAGUGUGUUCUGCCAUCGAUUGCAGAGGGCAUGGGUUCACAGCCAAUCAUUGAUUAGAAGUAAAUGAGGUUGGUUCACCUUACCACAUGACAGAUUGCUGUUUUAUGUUUAGAUAUAAACAAAUUAGUGGGGGGGAUAGCAAAUUGAAAACAAAUGUGUAAUCAAUGGGCUGCAGGGUUGUGUGUGUGUUUUAAUUUAUUUAAAUAUAUACAUAUAUCUAAGGUUUUAUCUAAGGCCUUGUUUGAAAAUUCUGAGCAAUAUUAUAAUAUUUAUUUUGCCAUUAUGGAAAUUUGGGGAAUAACUAUUUUAACGGUGAUAGCUUUUUAAUAAGAGAUUACAUUUCACAUUGGAAUGAGUUAGGCCAGCCAUUUUUAAAUCCAGGUGGCCACAGGCUUGAAUACCCAGCUACCCUGUACUGAUGCCCACUUGCAAAAAUGAAUUGUAUCUAUAUGAUGGCGCAGACCACAAGAUGUCACUUGUCAGCCUGGAAGACUUGAUGCAUUCCAUAAACAUUUGAAGCAACAGUGACUAGUUUUAUAAAAAGAGAGGGCCAUAAUCCAGCCAGUGUUGAACACUUCUAAAUCCCAUUGAUUUCAGUAGGAGCCUGUUCUUAAAUUUCUCCCGUGGAAUCAAUGAGAUAAAUUUCUCCCACGAAAUCAAUCUUACUUUGGUUAGAUUGUGCUUAUUGUCUUGAUGGAAAUAAGGUAGAAGCUGAUCAUCUGACAGUAGCCACAUGCAUGGUAGUAAAUCAGUCAUCUUAUAAUCAGGAAGUUGCAAAAGCUGUCCGUCUAGACUAUUAAAGUUUUUCUGUUACAAAGGUACAAAUAAUAAGAAGAACUUAUUACCUAGAUCAUGUAAGAUGAAAAUUUACUAGGUAUAAGAAAUACAAUUUUCAAAGAAAAGGGACAUUAGAGAUAAACCCCCAUUGUCUUCUCUCUUUUUAUGUUAAAAAGGAUAUCAUUAGUUCUGUUGUAAGAAAGUCCAAAAUAUACCAGUCCUGGUUGAAAUCCAGACUGGAAGCGUUCAGACAUGAUGUGUAUUGCUCUUGAUACUCGUAGUGUUUGCCUUACUGUCAUUCCUAUUUUUUCCUGUGUAAAACACAGAUCAGAUGACCAAAUACUCUGGGACUAACAUUAUGCUUGCAUAUGUGCUUAAAAAAAGAAAAAAAUCUGGCUGCCCCAAAGGGUUCUGUACUGUUCCUCUUUGUAAUGAAUUUCUUACUUCUGUAUACAGUAUUUAUGCCUCUUCACUUCCUGCUUUAUGACUGUUCAUGGCCUUUUUAUAGAAUUUUAUCAAUUUCAAGGCAGAAGUUGUGAAAUACUGUUUGUUAUUUCUGAUUUCUUGACUCAUCUAGUUGAAUCCAACCAUAAUCUACAUACAUCCUCUAUGUACAUCUUGGCAUCCCAAUCUAUGACUCUGUUAAAGUGAAGGACUAUGAUUUGAAAUGGAUAUUUCCUUGAUCCUAAGGACCACUUUUCACAGGAGGUACAAAAUAAUGCCCACUGUCAUGUAUGAACAGCAUACAUUAUGUGUUCCCCUUUAAAAUGUGAGCAAGGGUCUGAUUCAAGUUUAAUAGCAGUUCAUGACUAUUUUAAAAUGGAACACAUGAAAAAUACAUAUUUGUACCAUUCCUGAUGGGCUGUAUUUUGUACUAGAGUAUCUAUAUUUAAGUAUUUUUAAAAUCCAGUGAAAAUUAACCCUGAGUGAUGACUCACACAUGCAGGUUCAUAGCCCUAUUCACAUGUUAUGUUCAACACUUGUACAAUCUAUGUACAGUUUAUGCAGGUACAGAUCUGUAAACAGGUACAGUUAUUCAAGUACAUCAAUACAUUUCCUAUCUGUAUCCUGCAUUUCAAUCCAACUUGUAUUCAAGUUUACUUUUAAAAUGAAUGCAUGUACAGUCAUUCACACAAAAACAUGUACCUGUGUACAGACAUUGAACGCAGGUACAACAUACUGUCUAAAUAAGACUCCUCACUUGAGUCAAUUACAGAUUCAUCACCCCAAACAGAUCUUUCAUAUCACCCAUCCAACAUCAGUGCAAACACAGUAUUUUCAAGGGAGAUAUUUCACACAUUCAGCUGAGAUCCACUAAACGUCGUUUAUCAAGUGAUACAGAUCAAACAAUGUAUAUGCACGUGUGAAGCAACACUAAGAUUUUUGAGACUCCCAAAAGUGCUUCUGUCAUGGGCCAUGCCAAGAGUGCAGCAGGACAAUGUCACAAAAUACAGCAUCAAUUUGGCAUUACAGGGGCAUUGUGCAGAUAAAUGAGGGGCAGUGUUUUGUGAUUUGCAGCCCAAUUAAUUUAUAUACAGGCA